GAUAGCUCGGGGAUUCGAACUAGCGACUUUUUGGUUACUGGCCUAACGCUGUAACCGCUAGGCUACCUGCCACCGUAUUUAUGUUCUCUCUGAGCCAUUAGUAGCCAGAAUAAAAGCCUUUAACCUCACAAGGACCUUAGGGCUGUAUUAUUACAGUGUAAUUAGCAUGUUUUUCCUCUGCAGGCCCCUAAUACACUCCAUUAGACCAGUAGGCCCAGGCCUUUGAAGGUGACUGUGGCAGGGCUUUGAAGGUGACUGUUGCAGGGCUUUGAAGGUGACUGUGGCAGGGCUUUGAAGGUGACUGUGGCAGGGCUUUGAAGGUGACUGUGGCAGGGCUUUGAAGGUGACUGUGGCAGGGCUUUAUUGUUUGAUAAUGGGUCCUUGAAGGACUGCUGAAGGGGUCUGAGGGAGGGACAGGCUCUCAGCACUAGAUGAGAGUCUGACUCUGGACUGGGAGUGGGAUGGAUCUGUUGUGUUGAUGAGUUUAUGGGGGGUCAAUAUCCCAUACAGGUGACCUGACAUCCUUAGUGAUCGCGGAUGAGGAUGAGAAAAAAAGACUACAGUCUGGAUUAGAAAGAAAACAAAUACUAUCUGAACCCAGGACUGAUUAGUGAGAUGAACAUUGUAAAGAGCUAUUGUUCCUCAGCUGAAGCUGGCUACUCUGACUGUAUUCUAUCAGUUAUGUUACAGUGAUGUACUCUGACUGUAUUCCAUCAGUUAUGUUACAGUGAUGUACUCUGACUGUAUUCUAUCAGUUAUGUUACAGUGAUGUACUCUGACUGUAUUCUAUCAGUUAUGUUACAGUGAUGUACUCUGAGUGGAGGAGUCUCCAGAGGGACAUAGGAUGAUCUCAGACCUGGAUGUGCUUUAGCUAACUCUUCUGGCUCUGUUAUGCCUUACAAGUUAUUCAGAGUUGGCUAACAUCCAGGUCUAGGACAAGGCUAAAACAGACAGAAGGGUUGACCUCUUUCUUAACUCUGUAUCUGGUCUUUGUCAGCAGCAGUUCCCACAAUGCAUCUCCAGCCGAGACAGUUGAUUGGACCCCAGAUCGCUUCCCCAGGCCCUGCCUUCCUCGCUGUCACCAACCAGGUGGUCACCAUACCAAUUGUCCCCCAUCAUGUUACCAUGGGGACCAUUGCCGUCUCUGGCCCCGCCCAUCCCAUGACAAUGACCUAUCACAACACAGCAGUGGAUACUGAGGUGUGUGCGGAGCGGUGGCAGCAGAGGAUGGUGAAGAACCGUGAGUUGGCCACGCUGUCUAGACUGAGGAGGAAGGAGGUGCUGCAGGCCCUGGAGGCUCGUCUCAGGGGGACACUGUGUGAGAACCAGAGGCUGCUCCAGGAGAACGGAUCCCUCAGAACCCAGCUGGAUGGACUGCUCACUGAGGUUUAUUUUCCUGCUGUAGCAAACUGGCUGAAAUUAAGAUCCUACGUCUGUAGAACACGGUGUUCUUCAUGGUCGUCCUGGUGUUCUUCAUGGUCGUCCUGGUGUUCUUCAUGGUCGUCCUGGUGUUCUUCAUGGUCGUCCUGGUGUUCUUCGUGCUCAACUCUGGUUCCCUGAGUGUGUGGGAGUCAGAGCCCAGCAGCUCCAGCCUGUCCACAGGGACGCCACAAAGCAGCCGACAUCUGCUCAGCUUCUCCCCUGUCCAACAACAGAGGGGAGGGGAGGAAACACCAGCCCCCCAGUCCCCAUUGGAGCCCCUGGAUGUCCAGUACCCACAAUCCCACCAAUCCCAGGACAGGUGGGAGGACUAUACUCCAGAGGAAAUGGCUCUAGCAGUGGUCAAGAAGGAGCCUCUCCUGUUUGGGUCGCCCCCCUGCCAACCCCACUCUCCUAUCUCCAGGACCAAGUCCCUCCGUCUGGCUCAGAACCUGAGAGGCUGGGUGCAUCGACACGAAGAGGAGAGGACCAAGUUCACACGAUCUACCACCAAUCAAUCCAGACAUACAACAACUGAUCAGCACACAACCAAAACUGUCCUGAAGUCAACUGAGGAGAGACCACAGACAACCCAGUCCAGUAACUCGGUUGUAACAGUCAGCUACUCUGACAGACCAAGAAGUGAGGUUCUGGUGUACUACUCACGCCAUCAAAGCUACAGCGACUUCUUCGAUUAGUUAAAUCGACGAGGCGACACUUUCUAUAUGGUGUCCUUUCGCAGGGUGAGUCACUCCAUGCAUAUUCCAUAGCAUAUUACAUAGAAGCAGGCAACCAUGUGUCCUUCUGGUUGUGACAAUGUGCUGAUCGCAAGGCCAAAUGGAAUUCUGGUCUGUAACUGUUUCAUGACACAGUUUUGCCUUCACCAAGUCUUCAACGGAUGAAACUGCUGAGUAGGGAAGAAAUGGAAUCAUGAAGCGGUUGUGAAACAAUUUUGAAGUGCAUACUGAGCACUAAUCCAGGGCACCAACUUUUAGUCUUAAUUGAAGACAGAAAGUCCCAAAUGAAAAAGAAGAUGGUGUUUUGAAGCUAAGGGAAAUAUUUGUUUUUCUUUCCUUUCCUCUUUUACCUCCGAAAUGCAUGAAUGAAUGAGGAUUGAAAAAUGGCCGGUGCUGCUGAUUAAAUAUGUAAAUUGGUUUUCAAUCAUCACACAUGAGCAUAUGUAAUGCAUUUAUAUGUGAUUUGUAACUUUAACAGUGUACAGUUAGUGAUUCACCAAUUGGCCUUGACACGAGUUUCAUUCGUGUGUUUGAUGUAGGCCUAAUGGAUUCUGAGGUAGCACAUUCGGAUGGAAUUUUAUGGCUUUCAGACACCUAAGGCGUGUAGACCGUAUGAAAUCGGCAUACAAAUUCAAUUAUCUAGAACAAUAAAGAAUAUCCUUGAUGCUGUUCUUA